AUGCCUAUUGGAUUUGAAUUUCUGGUGGAAGAGAACAACAAGCGUCAGUGGUGUCGAUCAGUGGCUUUGAGUAUAUCGUUGAAUCAAUUUACAGCGAUGAAGACUUUCAAAGUCGCUCCUUAUGGUGCCUAUUUUCGAUUCGGGAUUAAUCCAAGAUUGGAUGUUAAAACCCUAAAUUAUCUGAUGGAUAUCAAAUUGUGA